UGGCUGGAACUGACUCCGAUCAGCUGGAGGGAGUGAAGUCUGCGUCAGUUUCAGUGAAAAACACACUUGCCCCGGCCGGCUGCGACACGAAUCAGAACUCCAGACGCCAAACAGCGUACCGGGAGUUUUCACCUUCAGUGGCCUCUGGAGAUCUCAGCCAGCCUGAUCUCUAUAAAGGACGGACCAGGGUGAAGCGCUGAAAGGAGCAGGUUGGCAGCAUAAAACCGUGACUUUGCUUUCACCAGAGUGUUGUGAGACAGGAGUCAACCCGCCAUGAUGUCGUCCCGCACCGGUCUGCGGAUGAUGUUAAUGCGGGAGCAGCUGCAGAAGGAGGAGCAGCGGGAGAAGGAGCAGCAGCAACAGGCCGCCAUGCCUUUCACGCAGCAGCGCAUGGCGAUCAAUGCCAGUCCUGCCAUCAAUGUCAGCAACUCCAUCCAGUUCCAGUCACGGCCGCAGGUUCCCGUGGAGGUUUUAAAGGUUGAGACCCACUUGGAGAACCCCACCAAGUACCACAUCCAGCAAUCGCAGAGGCAACAAUUGAAGCAGUUUCUCUCCUCCAACUAUGGCAACAAGAUGGCUAUUCAGUCCCUGGGGCACUCACACUCUCCUCAACCUUCAACCAUCUCGCCUGGCUUGAGGAAUGAUCAUGGACUGUCUGGCUCCACUGGAAACAGUGCCCCUAAUAGCCCCAUGGCUAUGUUGAACAUUGGCUGCAAUUCAGAACAAGAGAUGAGUGAAGUAAUUGAAGAUAUAAUUAGCCUGGAAUCCAGCUACAAUGAUGAUGUUCUUGGCUACAGGGACCCCAUUGUUCAGAUGCCAAAUACAUUACCACUUUCCAGUAGCCACAUGGAUGUCUACACAAGCCAUGGAAUUGCAUCAACUACAAGUGCUUCAUGUCCUGCCAACAUUGCCAUUAAAAGGGAAAUGUCAGAAUCAGAAGUGAGAGCAUUGGCUAAAGAGCGGCAGAAGAAAGACAAUCACAACCUCAUUGAGCGCAGGCGAAGGUUUAAUAUCAACGAUCGGAUAAAAGAAUUGGGACUGUUAAUCCCCAAGUCCAGUGACCUGGAUGUCCGUUGGAAUAAGGGGACGAUACUGAAAGCCUCGGUCGAGUACAUCAAACGACUCCAGAAGGAGCAGCAGAGAACGAGAGAGAUGGAGGGCCAGUCAAAGAGGCUGGAAGUCACCAACAACCACCUACGGUUUCGCAUUCAGGAACUGGAGAUGCAAGCUCAGGCCCAUGGACUGUCCACUGUCUCGCCCUCAGGGCUGAACACAUCAGAGAUCCUUGCUUCUUGUGUCAAACAUGAAGAGAAUCCCGUGAACUCACUUCAGCAGCCACACCAGAACCAGCAUCACCAACAGCCUCCUCAAAACCAGUUGGAUUUUGCUCAGUCCUUUGGCUUUUGUGACUCCUCGCUGGGCUACUGUGACACCAUGAGCCAAUUUACUGACCUGUCCUUCAACGCUCCCAUCAAAAAGGAAUAUCAGCUGGAUGACAUGUUAAUGAUGGACGACGUGCUCUCUCCCUUGGGGAAGGACCCCCUCCUCUCCUCUGGGUCGCCGUUGGCUUCCAAAACAAGCAGCCGACGGAGCAGCAUUAGUAUAGACGAUGGUGACAUUAUGUGACACAGAAUAUCUUUAAAGCUACAAUGUGUGUGUAAAACUGUUGGAUGGGUAAGAUGGGGAGAUACCACCUUUUGAGCUUCAGGAAUUUCCUGAACUUCUACUGAUUUGAAGAAUGUAUCAGAAGUUGCUCUCUUUUGCUGACUUCCUGGUUUUGAAGAUUUUCACGUCUUUUUGCAGGCCAUAUUUUAAAGAUAUUUUGUGGAGUCUGUCUAAUAUUCUUUUCCCCAAACGACCGCAUGACUCUGUGCCAUAUCCAUGAGGCCACCUCCUCCACUUAUUCCCUUCCCAACACUGACUAACGUAUUCCCCCGAGUACACGACUGAUCACUGAGCCAUCAUCUUUUAAGGAAGGCAUUGGGUUUAAGCCUGUGUUCAGCCACAGUCUGCAUUGUGAAAAUCCGUUAGUGUUUUCUGUGACUGAGGUGGUUAGUACUGGGGUUAAGAGGUGGGGCUCUGUUAAAGAUUGAGGCUUCAAACAUCCCUUUUUGAGCUGAAUGAUCACAAUUCCCAUUUUUCCUUACUAAUUUGUUGGUCAGACACAGCUUUUAAUGCUGUAACUGGAUCCAUUCUCUCAGGAUAAUCCUAAAUUUGAAUCCUUGAUACCACUACUUAGCUGAUCUGUACCUGGAAUAGGCUUGGUAUUGCUGAUCUAGAGAGCCCUAGUGUAUGAACGUUAUCCUCAGGCAGAAAAUGAGUAGGUAUACUACAGAGUCAUGUGAAGCUAGGGUUGGACUCAAAACUCAUUGCCUUAUUUUUUACCACCAUUUCCCCCCAAUUUAGACAGAUGUGAGAAGUUGCGGUCUACGGUCAUAAAUGAAUUAGCUCUUUUCUGCAGAGCGGAGUCGAUGGGCCAGCUGACCUAAUUCUGCUCUUAUGUCUCAUGGUCUUUCAGCAGAGCAAAGCAGGUAACUGGAUAAGCAAAGUUUCUGUGGUCCCAGUUAUAUGCAAAUAAAUUAAUCAAUCCUUAAUCAAGCACAAGCAGAAUCUCUGUUGUUUCCAGCAUUUGCAGAAUCCCUUGUUUUUAUGAUUCACCAGUCUCUAUUGCUGAGUUUUAUAUGUGGGAAUUUCAAUUAAUGGGAUGAGAUUGCCUUGUAUUUCUGAUGUAUUCCCAUUGUCCCUGCUAUUUUAAUCCAUGUUUCCAGACACAGGAAGGCCUCUCAGCUGAGUGAGUGAGGGCCUUAAUUUUAGUGCCAAGGUUGGUAUGCCAGGAUGAUGAUCUUGUGAUAUCCACACAGUUUUAAUCGCAAGUCUGUGCAGCCUGUGAUGAAGAACAAUCUCAGUCAGAGGAGAUCCAGGCAAGGGAUUAAAACCAGUGGCCUGGGAGAACCAGAAGUGGCUCAUCCUGGCCCUAAAGGUCAUCUUAAAGUGUCAGUUCUUGUGCUUUUAGCCCUCACUGAUAAGAGCUGCUCCCCACCUUGUAUUUAUUUACCUGAUAAGGAGCCAUUUCCCCCAAUCCAUGGCACGCACCUCACCAACUCAGUAUCCAGCUCAGAGAUAAGGAACCCUCCAUUUUUCCCUUCAUUCUAAUCCCUCGCAGAUACAUAAUGAGCUGCAGCCUGAUCUCUGAAGAAGCCUUAGCCUGUAUUCAAUAGCCAUUUUUUUUAUCCAAAGCCAGAAGAAAUAAAAAUUCCUAAAGAAGUAUCGUCCAAAUGGGACAUCAACAGUACCAAGGACUGUAUUCAGGGUUAUGUGACUUGAUUUUGAUCUGUGUAGGCUCUGAACAAAUCAGUGAGGUGCUCACUGAUAAAUUAAAACAUAAGAUGCAAUGCUGGUGCUGAUUUAUUUAAAUAUCAUAGAGACAAUGCUUAAAGUUUGCUAAUGGAAGAAGAUCUCAGUGAUCAUGACUGUGGUAUACCCAGACUGUAGCUCAAAGCAGGGGGAGCUGGUAUGUUAAAUUCCACUGACAGAGAUCAGGAGCCCAUUUAGUCCUUUGUACUUGCUCCACCCCUUUGGAAGAGCUGGCCAAGUAGUUCCACACUCCCUGCUGUUGUCUCACGAGCAAAGCAAAUUUUCCCUUUUCAAGUAUAUUGUAUCAACAAUAUUCGUGGCUUCUCUCCCUUCAGUGUAAAUUUUCCAUGUCAUUUGUGGGAGGCUUCAUGUAGAUGCCGACAAAAUAUGAUCCAAAGUACGCUUCUCGUUUUAAGCUGUUUCAUGGCCUGUUGACUGUAAGCCAAUUAUUUGGCAAUCAUCCAAAGCAGUUUCUUCAAGAGAAAAUAAACCAUUGCAGGAAAUUCAAAAUCCUUAAAAUUCUUUAAUUCUUAAAUUCUUUAAGAAUCCUUAAAUUGUUUUCAAAACUAUGAAUGUUGGGGAUUCCUGUGCUUUUGUCCAACGGGGAAAGCAGACUCAGGCUCGUGGUUUUGGUUCUAAAACCUCCUAGGUGUUGGCGGAACAAGCAAGUUAUCCAGAAUAUCAGUGAAUGUAAUGUGGGAACGCUGGCCACCUCCACUUCCCAACAAAGGAUUUACUGAAAAAGCUCCUAAAACGAUGGAGUUACUUAGCAGCCUUUUACUUGUUUAUUUCACUGACACUUCUUGAAGUGUCCAACUUGAAGUUUUGCUUUUGUCAUCAACAUUAAUGUCUAUUUCUAUUCCCUUUUUCAGCUUAAUUACAUUCAAAUCAAAUCAAGUCAAAUCAAGUUCAAGUUUAAUGAUCAUUCAGCUGAUUCAAGUAGUGUUCCUCUGCGGCCAAGGUGCAAAAUGUACACAGCACAUUCAAAAUACUGUAGCUAGCAAAGAAACAUAUAGUCAUGCAAAAAAGAUCAUAAAGUUGCCUUGUCAUUGAGCAGGUAACUACCAAUUAUUUUUCUCUUGAUCACUUCUACUCCUUUUUUUAAUUUCAAAUUAACCGCACUGAUUACUGGGGUGAGGUAGAGAUGGGGCAGAUAAGUUGAGUCUUUGCAGACUAGGUUAACAUUUAUGAUAGCCUAUAGAUAACACGCCCAGCUCUGAAGCUGAAAAUUGUAGAUUCCAGCUUUGGGAUAGAGAACGGUGCCCAUAACUAAGCUGGCGUUCCACUGUUGUACCGUCAGCGCUGCCAACAUUUGGGGGAGACACUAAAAAGGACUUGAACAGUUGCCAUUGCUUUGCUCUGCUCAAAAGGGCUUACUCACUUGUGAAUGUGGUCCGGGCUCUCCUUUCAUUAGAUCUAAAUGUUGCGUGGCAAGUUAUGGAAAAAGAAACAAAGUGAAAGUUCCUUGGAUAUUUUGGACGGUGUUUAUCUUUCGGUCUACCUUCCCUAAAUGAGACCAGAUGGGUAUUAGUGUCAUUGUUGUUUGUGGGAUCUUGCUAUGCUUAGUUGGCGACUACAUUUUCUGCAACAGAACACCGACUACACUUCACAUCUACGUCGGUGCCAAUGAAGUUCCUUGUCUCACCCUGAAUGUGUGCAAAAGGGCAGCUCUGCUCCUGAACAUUUUGCUCCUUUUGUUAAUGUGCUGAACAACUGGAAGCAGGAUUCUCUGCCUGUUUUGAGUGAAUUAUAGUACGGAGCUGUACUUGAAAUGUAAAACACUCUGUAAUAUUGUGACAUAGUCCGUAACUUAAUUCAGUGUAUUGGAAAUUUGGAAAUGGGUCAAGCAGACUGCAAAUGUUACACGUAUCUUGAGAUUGUGUUCCAUCUGCUAUCAGAUCUUUAAUUUUUCUGUUUUCCCCUGUUAACAAAUGCGAUAAUGGUUUGCGAACCUUUUGCGUUGCGUUAAGCUAUUGCUUUGCAUUUGGAUAUAUCUAUCCUUUGGUAUUUUGUGGCACAAGAACAGGCAGCGAUUAAAAAUUCUUGACCAGAUUACCACCCACUCACAUCACAAAUUCAGCUCCCAGUGUUUGACAAUUAUAGCCAAUGUGUGUCCUGUUAACAAAAGCAUGAGUCGUCAUUGUUUGGAUAUGGGUGUGACUGACAAGAACAUAUGUUGUUCAUCUCCAUCUGAUCCACAAGGAGGUAAUGAGUUAUCUUGAACCACUGCAGUCUGUGUGGUGGGAGCCCUCCUUGCAAUGCUGUUAUCGGGAUUCCAUGUUAUUGACCCAGUGGCAAUGAAGAUCCAGUCAAUGUGACUCCAGUUGGUAUAACUUGUAAAUCAGAGGUGGUGGCCUUAUGCACUGUCGUUGACUUUCUGGGUGUCUGAGGCAAUGAACAAGGAUGAUUUGUAUUGUGUGGCUUGAGCAGAUCGUAGGAUAUUGGUUUUAGACACUUUUAAGCUCCAGCACCAUGUUUUGAAGUGGCCAGAUGUGAACUAGUAACCAGGAAACUCAUUGGGUCCAUUGAAAUGCCACUGUAUUAAAGUAAGAUUCAGUUCUCUCUUUCUCUCUGGAAGGCCAUCUGAGCCUCAAGUUGGCCUAUGCCAUUGCUUGGCUCUUUUUGUGUUGUGUACAUUUGUGUACCGCGCCUCUCUAGUAUAUCUGUCAAACCCUCCUGUUUGGGAGUGCCCAAAUUUUACUUUCAUGGUUUAAGCCAUACAUUGUUAAGGUUGACUUUCAAACUACUGAUCCUAAUUUAAUCUUUGUACUCUAAUUCGGGCUUUACCUUCCAAUAAGAGAGUAUUGGAAGUAUCUUCUGCUCUCCCCUCCCCUCUGUGCUGUUGAAGUUCACACUGGAUAAACCAGUCAGGAAGAAUGAGCUCAAACCUGAGGUGAGUGUGGGGGCAGAUUGGGAGAGCAUGUGGGCUAUCUGCUACAGGAGAGAUGUGGGAGGCCUUGCGACAACUUGUGACUGGUUUCAGUGAUAUUUCGAUCGUUCACGAUAGACAGUAGAGUUCAAAACCUUGGUAUCUAGGGACUGGGUUGACUCACGUCUCGGUUCAGUUCUUCCUCUGCUCUCACCUCCACCACAUGCAUUUCUAACUCUUGCCGCCAAAUUUAGAUACUGGCUGUAUGCAGCAUGUUUUCUUCCCACAGCCAACAAUCGGCUUCUGUACUAUGCUAUCGCUUGAGGUGGGAUGUUUGCAACAUUGUGAGAGACUUCCUUAUAUUUGAAAAUCAAAAAAGAUUUCAGUUGCAGGAAUCUGAAACAAAGACAGAAAAGCCUGCUGAUGCUAAACAAGUCAGAUAGCAUCUGUGGACAGAGAAACAAAGGUAAUGUUGUGUAAAGUAAUAUUGUGGUCCUGAUGAAGAGUCUCGGCCUGAAACACCAACUGUUUCUUCAAAGUUCUCUUUAUUAUCGAAGAAUGUAUAAGUUAUACAACCUUGAGAUUCGUCUGCUUACAGGCAGCCACAAAACAAGAAAUCAAUUUUUAAAAAAUGACCGAAACAAAUUGUGUAGAGUGUUUAAAAAAAAAACCGAAAUGAAACCAAAUCCUGUGAGCAAUAGUACAAGCAUCAGCAUUCAGAAGCAAAUUGAGUCCAUGAACCCGAAGCUGGGAACAGCUGGAGUGGGCCCACAGUAUCCGGAGGUGCUGGCUGACCUCCAGCAUUUCAUAUAUGCUACUAUGGAUUUCCAGAGAACCUCUUGUAUUUAACAAUGGUAAUGUUUUUGGGCAAGGGCAUUUCAUCAUAAUGAAUGAGGAGUCUCUAAACUGAAAUGCAAACUCCUCUUUCCACAGAUACUUCAUGAUUUGCCAAGAGUCACCAGCAUUUUCUGCUUUCUUCCCAUUCAUUCAUAGAAUGGGUACGCGGUCAGUAAGGCUGGCAUUUGUUGCCCACACACAGUUGACCUGAGCAGCCUCUAUGCCAGUUUCCCACAAUACUUCCCAUGACAGUGAGUUCCACAUAUGUUAAUACUUCUGGUGCCUGGUUGUGAAAAGGGGGUGGGUUGGUUUGUGUAGGAGCUUUGCCCAUGAUCAAAUGAUGGAGCAGACUUGAUGGGCCAAAUGGCUUAGUUCUGCUCCUAUGUCUUACGGUCUAUGUCACUGUUCGCAAUCAACCUGACUCUUCUACGGAGAGAGAGAGUUGCCACUUCUAGCUGUCUCUCUUGCUUUUCUCCCACCAAUCACUUUACCAAUUUGAAGUUUUUGUUUGUAGUGGGAGGUUAGAAUUUGCCAGAGUUGAUUUAUUUUUAGAGAAACAGCACGCUACCAGGCCCUUCCAGCCCAAUGAGCCCUCAACACCCUGUAACGAUGGGUUCUGCGAGAGAAGCUGAAUUCUACAGACACUUACUUUAGUUGUAUAGAAAUUGGAUUAUAGUUGAAUGUACUUCCGCAGAGACAGCAGAGAGCAACUUAUACAAACUUAUGGCUGAGAAUUGAAUUCAUCUGGAUCAACCAUGUCAACCAUGCACUGUGCUUCGUGGCAGCAAUCUAGAAAGAGACGAUUUGGCAAAGGUGCUAUAAGAUGUAGCAUUUUAGAACACUUAGCAUCAAAGCUUUGGGUGUAACUUCAGUAAGAGUGGAAUGACAUACUAUAUUCCUGCGUAUGGUCAGUAGGGACUCAAUGGGCUGAAAGGCUGCCUAACAUACUUGGCCAUUCUGUAAAUCUCUGACUGUGAACUGACUUGUUUGGUAGACAGAUCAAAAAACAGUUAACAGUCAUCGUGGGCCCGGAAUCAGAUGCAAGCUAACUGAGUAAGAGCAGUGAACUUCCUUCUCCGGGAGACCAUAAUGAAUCAGGUUACCCCCCCCCCCAACCCCCCAAAUUCCUGUACAUAUUUAAAACAAAAUCCAGAAUCGAAAUAGCUGAAUUCAUCUUCCCUAGCUGUCGUGCCAGAAUUUGAACUUUUGCAUUUGGAUCAGUACAUUAGGUAUCUUGAUUACUCAGCAACAGCUUAACUACCAGUUAGCAUUAAAUACAAAGAAAAUACUGGAAACACUCAGCAGGUCAAGCAAUGCCUGUGGAAAGAGAAAAUGUUGAUGUUUCUGGUCUGGGACCCUGAGAUUCUGAAGAAGGGUUUCAAACCUGAAGCAUUAACCCUGUUUUUCAUUCGCUGCCUGACCUGUUAAGUGUUACAGCAUUUACUGUUUUCAUUUUGGCUUUUCGGCAUUUGUAUAUUGUUAAAUUUUCAUUUUCUGUUACAGUUCCCAACAUAAGUGAAAGCUCUUUUUGUAGUUAAACCAGUUCAACAGCCUAGAUGGAAACCUAUCAAAACAGCCUAUCAAAACCUAGAUGGAAAUACCCAGAUGGUAUUGGUGUCCUAUUCACUUAUGAUAUUGAGACACAAUUUUUAUUUUAGCUAUUUUGGGGGGUUUUAACUCUCUUACAGCACCCAAACCCCUUUUGUCCAAACUGGGUUUUGCUCACAGGACUGUCCUGCUGAUUACCGUUUAAUGCCUGGGCACUCCUGGAAUACGGGCAAUACCUUCAUGUAAUCCUACAGCAUUCACUGCUAAACCAUGAGUGAUUUUGUCAAUUGCCCCAGGCUUAGGUGUUUUGUAGACCCCAGCUUUGCGCACACACUAAUUUGGAUCAUAUGCUUUCCUUAUUCAACUCUAAGAAUGGUUGCUUUGUCGUCAGGCUCCAGUGCUGGCAGAUUUUAAAAGUGGGUUGUCGGAGAACAUCCAUAAGUCAGGUGAUUUGAAUGCACAGUGGGGUCAGGUGAAAUACUGCAGAAACAGGAUUUGUUGAGUCUCUGCCUUCUCAAAUUAAGGAGCGAACAUAAGGAAUUGGGUAAUGUGCUCCAAUCUAACCCUACCCAAUUCUUGCUUCCUCUGAAAAUUCCUGCAAUUCAGAAUUUGUUCUAAGGAUCAGUGAUAAGUUAGGAAUGGCAAUGAACAUUUAGAUCCUAUCACUGUGGUCGAAAUAAUAAAAGCCUGUAAAUUAAUUUGUACGUACUGGAUCUCCAAGCUAGACUGCAAUUAGAAUCAUUUAUAAUUUUGUCAGAGUGGUAAAACAAAAUUUCUUCUUUGCUAAAAUAGAUGGUUCUGAAAUGAAUGUAAAGCAUUUAACAAGGUUGGAGUCUGACACUGUUACCCAUGGAAUCCUUUUCCAUUCCACUAUAAUUUAAUUUUUAAGAUGUUUUCACCCAGUAAUUUUGAGCAUAUUUUAAAAUAAAAAUACACUCUAUCCUGCUUCAGUCUUCUGAACCAGUUCAUGGGUAAAACAGCCUAUUAUAUUUUCAGAGUUGCAAAGGAAUGGAAAACUUGCAAUGGUGUCUUUACAGAUUGUUGAUGCAAAAAAUUUACUGUUGAGCAUCAUGAUGCUACUGAGAUUAUUUACCUCUUUAUAAAAUAUACAGAUUGUUUUAUUUGAACUGCA